AUGCUUUAUAAUUCUAAUCAUCAACAAUCUCCUGAUUAUUUUAGCAGUGAAUGUUCAUUAUUUGUUGGUGAGUUAACAGAAGAUGUCGAUGAUCCUGCAUUGUUUAAUGCUUUUAAAAAAUAUCCUACCAGUCGAUCAGCUAAAGUUGUAAUGACAAAUGGAAAAUCCCGUGGAUAUGGAUUUGUUCGAUUCUUAACAGAGUCUGAUAUGGAUAAAGCACUUAUUGAGAUGCAAAAUUAUUGUGGUCUAGGAUAUAAACCUAUUCGUGUGAGUCUGGCUAUACCGAAGCGUUAUAAUAUAGACGGGAGUUUGGUUGUUACCACAUCAGUAUCUGAAUCAACUUCAGUAGUUCCUAGUGGCAUGGCUGAUCCCUUCACUGCUGCUGUGACUGGAAAUUCAGCUGCUCAAGCAGAAUAUUAUCAAGCCUAUCAACAAUACUACCAACAGUAUUAUGCGUAUCAAUAUGCAUCUCAGUUUUUUUCUGGCGACUCAUCCACUGAAGGCGACUCUGCGAACUUAGGGAUAACGUCAAUAGCUGGCGGUGGUGCAUUUACAGGUGAUGCUACAGUACAACAACACGCAUUUGUUGAUGCUGCUGCUUCGCAUUUGUAUGCUAGAGCUAUUCAGCAGGGCACUGGCUCUCAAGAAUAUGCUCCGGAGCCUGAAGUCUUGUCGUCCGCUUGUGAUCGUCCUCGUCAUGUAGAUGAUUUAGACGAAGUUUUCAAUUUCUUGGAGUCAUCAAGAUGGUACAUAACUGACCCAUUACUGGAAUUAUACCUUAAAAUAAGACCGUAA